CCGAGACGCUUCCCGACGAGGUCAUCACCAAGAUGCACGGCAACAAGGCUCCCAUCGCCUCGUACCCCGUCGUCAAGCCGGACGACCUCACCCGCUUCGACGGAUUCGUGAUGGGCUUCCCCACCCGAUACGGCCGAGCCCCCGCUCAAGUCUCCUCCUUCUUCGACGCCACUGGCGGUCUCUGGAUGAAGGGCGCCCUCGUCGGCAAGUUCGCGACCGUCUUCACCUCGACGGCUUCGCAGCACGGUGGACAGGAGACUACGGCUCUCACCACAAUGCCCUUCUUUGCUCACCACGGUAUCAUCUAUGUGCCCAUCGGAUUCCAGAACAAGGAGCUCUCCGACAUCGCGACUGUUGGGGGUGGUAGCGCUUGGGGUGGAGGAACCGUUGCUGGCGGGGAUGGGGCACUUCAGCCUACGAGCAAUGAUCUGGCGGUGGCCAAGGGUCAGGGCACCUUCUUUGCCAAGGUGGUCGGGCAGUACGUCAAGGGUGCGCAGUAAGCGUGAGAGGGGUCGCCUGUACGUAGACUAGAAUCCAAGGAG